AUGUCUCUCUUUAAAUCAAUCUCAUCAAUUUCAAAAGUUAACACUACCUCUGCCAACAGUACUGUAACACCAUCCAAAUUAAAUGAUAACCAAUCAUUUGGUGAAAAUCAAGUUUCAACUGGUAUUGUUAGUGGAAUUGUCAGUGGAUUAUUAUUUGAUCUUGCAAAUGUAACAAAAGGUUUAGGUCUUUAA